AUGGGGCACGGAGAAAAAUCAAAAGACCGAAAAGAUAAGAGAUUGCAAGAGAUUUCACUUUUGAGAACCAUUCCUUAUUCUGAUCACCAGAGGUGGUGGUCUAAGGAAACAAUUGCUGUGGUCACUGGUGGAAAUAGAGGAAUUGGGUUUGAAAUUUCUAGGCAACUUGCUGAUCAUGGAGUAACUGUAAUUCUAACAUCAAGAGAUGCUAGUGUUGGUGUUGAAUCCAUUAAAGUCUUACAAGAAGGUGGCCUUGAUGUUUCUUGUCAUCAACUUGAUGUAUUAGAUUCUUCAUCCAUCACCCAAUUCUCUGAAUGGCUCAAGGAAAAUUAUGGCGGCAUAGAUAUUCUGGUAAACAAUGCCGGUGUUAAUUUCAAUUUCGGGUCGGAUAAUUCAGUUGAAAAUGCUCAGGUGGUUAUUGAUACAAAUUAUUACGGAACCAAACGUAUGAUUGAAGCUAUGAUUCCGUUGAUGAAGGCAACCGCUGCUGGUGGUCGCAUUGUAAAUGUGAGCUCGCGUCUAGGUCGACUGAACGGAAAGCGAAAUAGAUUGGAGAAUGAUGAACUGAGAGAGCAACUAAGUGAUGUGGAGAAUCUUACUGAGGAACUGAUUGAUGGUGUUGUGACUACUUUUCUACAACAAGUGGAAGACGGAACGUGGAAAUCGGGAGGAUGGCCUCGAACAUUUACGGAUUAUUCUGUGUCGAAAAUGGCUGUGAAUGCUUAUACAAGAUUUAUGGCAAGGAAACUUUCUGAUAGGCCUGAAGGGGAAAAGAUAUUUAUCAACUGUUAUUGUCCUGGUUGGGUGAAAACAGCUCUAACAGGUUAUGCAGGAAGUAUUACAGUGGAGGAUGGUGCUGAUACUGGUGUUUGGCUUUCUCUUAUUCCUGAACAAGCUAUUACAGGAAAGUUUUUUGCUGAGAGAAGAGACAUAAAUUUCUAA